UCGAGCGGAGCGGCUGAAGCAGUCGAGCCUGAGCCAUCACCCAAAUCUACCCGUCUUGACUACCCGGGCUAACUUUAGCUACAUGUGCUGAGGUCGAGGGGGAAACUGAUCUCAACUGCAACAAUGCCGACAGUUACUUUACCGCCGAAGGAGAACGCUCUCUUCAAGAGGAUUUUGCGAUGUUACGAACACAAGCAGUACAGAAACGGGCUCAAGUUCUGUAAACAAAUUCUGUCCAACCCUAAGUUUGCUGAGCAUGGAGAGACCCUGGCGAUGAAGGGACUGACCCUGAACUGUCUGGGGAAGAAGGAGGAGGCUUAUGACCUGGUGAGAAGAGGCCUUCGCAAUGACCUCAGGAGCCACGUCUGCUGGCAUGUGUAUGGCCUACUGCACUCGGAUAAGAAGUGCGAUGAGGCUAUCAAGUGUUACCGCAAUGCUCUGAAGUGGGACAAGGACAACCUGCAGAUCCUCCGAGACCUGUCGUUGCUGCAGAUCCAGAUGAGAGACCUCGAGGGCUACAGGGAGACACGGUACCAGCUGUUGCAAUUGCGUCCAGCACAGCGGGCAUCCUGGAUCGGCUAUGCCAUCGCCUAUCACCUAUUGGAGGACUACGAGAUGGCAGCAAAAAUCAUUGAGGAGUUCAGGAAAACACAACAGACGUCUCCAGACAAAGUGGACUAUGAAUACAGCGAGUUACUGCUGUACCAGAACCAGGUGCUGAGAGAAGCAGGCCUGUACAAGGAGGCCCUGGAGCAUUUAUCCAACUAUGAGAAGCAGAUCUGUGACAAACUGGCUGUGGAGGAGACACGAGGAGAGCUACUGUUGAAGCUGGAGCGUCUGGAUGAAGCAACAGAAGUCUACCGUCGCCUGCAGGAGAGGAACCCAGAGAACUGGUCCUAUUACCGCGGCUUGGAAAAUGCCCUAAAGCCAGGCGGUGUAGAAGAGAGACAAAAGAUCUAUGAAGAUGCCUGGGAGAAGUUUCCCAAAGGAUUGGUUCCUCGCCGGCUGCCCCUCAACUUCCUCUCUGGUGAUAAGUUCAGAGAGUGUCUGGACAGGUAUCUGCGAAUGAACUUCAGUAAAGGCUGUCCGCCCGUCUUCACCACCCUCAAAUCACUUUACAACAACAAAGAAAAGGUGGCAAUAAUAGAGGAGUUGGUGGUCGGCUAUGAAACCUCAUUAAAAAGCUGUAGAAUGUUCAACCAGAAUGAUGACGGUAAGGAGGAACCCCCGACCACUUUGCUCUGGGUGCAGUACUUCCUGGCACAACACUAUGACAUGAUUGGCCAACAGACACUGGCGCUAGAAUAUAUCAACGCAGCAAUUGAGAGUACGCCUACGCUCAUCGAGCUCUUCCUUAUCAAAGCCAAGAUUUACAAGCAUGCUGGGAACAUUAAAGAAGCUGCUCAGUGGAUGGAUGAGGCCCAGGCUCUGGACACUGCCGACAGAUUCAUCAACUCCAAGUGUGCCAAGUACAUGCUGAAGGCUGGCAUGGUCAAAGAGGCCGAGGAAAUGUGCUCCAAGUUUACACGGGAGGGAGCGUCAGCAGUGGAGAACCUCAACGAGAUGCAGUGUAUGUGGUUCCAGACAGAGUGUGCACUAGCCUACAAGGCCAUGAACAAGUUUGGGGAGGCCCUCAAGAAGUGCCACGAGAUUGAAAGGCAUUUUGUGGAGAUCACAGACGACCAGUUUGACUUCACCUAG